UUGACAGUUUUUCUGACUUGACUUGCUUGACGUAUGUUAAGAAAUGGUAGUUCCUGUUAUGUACUGAAUUGAUUCUUUAAUAUUUUUUGGAACAGGCCGGUGUUUUAAGCAACAAUCAUUUGAAUCAUUUUACUCAGUUUUAAAUACGUGUUAUGAGUAAAAUGGAGAAGCUUCCUAAAUUGGUGGACGUUUAUCAACCGACUCAUAAAUUGAAGUCUAGACAGCUACCCUUAGUUGUGGACGAAAAUUUAACGCUUGUGAUGGAUAUAAAGAAUUCAAACAUCAUUUGCGACACGAGAACGUUAAGUAGCAAAGAACUUAACGAAUUCUCUUCAAAGUUAGGCAUACUGUCACCCGAGGAGUUUGAAGGCUCUUUACAAAUCACCAAACAUGAACUUAUCGAGGUUCUAAAUCAAAAUGUCCCUUGUGUUGGUUGCCGUAGAAGUGUUGAGAGGUUAUAUUUCCAACUGCUCAGUUUUGGUCACUCCACUUUAGACCCCAUCAUAGUCAAACAGGAUGGUACAAUAACUCUGAAGAAAGAAAAACACGCCUACAAUAUAUUGGGCAGUAUUUUUCAUGAUCACUCACAUCGUCUAGCUACCUUAAUCGAAACACAACCAAAAAGAAAUAAGAAAAGUGUGAGGUGUCUGUUACACUCUUUGGAUUCGCAGAGAAGUCGACCUCUAACACCUGUGUGGAAGGAUGUUUGGGACUGUAUGAAGAUAGAUUGCCGUAAGGAUAUCUGUAUCAUAGAAGCAUCCAGCUUAUUUACCACUCUAGAGAAUUAUUUGAGGAAGCACAGAUUUUGUGGAGAGUGUAGAACAAAAGUCUUAAAAGCUUAUACUUUACUAGUCGAUGAACCAGAACCCAUCAAAGAAAAGGGUUAUGUCUCUUCUUUGUAUGCAGGUAUAAAGAGAUGCUUGCAAGAUAAACAUAUUCAUCUCAAUCCUAAGACGGACUAUAUUACUAAAAUGAUCAAUAGGGCUGAACCUGAAUUAUUAGGAAGUCGUAGGGAGAGGCACGCAAAAACUUUAGAAAUUGCCCAAGAAGAAGUCUUGACAUGUCUGGGAAUUUGCAUGUACGAAAGACUGCACAGGGUCUACAUGAGAGUGCGGGAGGAAGAACGUAUGUGCCAACUUUUCGCAGCGGUAGCCGUUCAUAGCCUGAGUAUGAGCUUUGAAACGGCCGUGGAAAAGGUCAGGGGAGUCUCACAGCUAGAACUACUUUACGAAGAGUUUGCGAGAGAAGAACAAGCGAAACAGAAACACAAGGAAGCGAAGAGGAUAAGGCGCAAACGCAGAAAGGAAAAGCUGAUGGAUUGCGACGAGAAGGAGAAUUGUUGUGGACAGGGUCAUGACAGCAAAGAAGAUCUAGAUAAGAAUUGUACGUGCUCAUUAAGUGCAGACAAGGAAAGCUCAAGGGAUUGCGGAUGUAGUAGUGAGGAACUGGAUGAUUUUGAUGAGUGUUCAAAGCUCAACCAGUCUAGUGAGAAAUCAGAUAAAUUAAGGUGUAGUAAUCAGUUAUGGCUAGAGGAAUGUAGUAAAUGCGAAAACGAUGGGAAAGACUCAAAUAGGAAUGGACUAAAAUUGGGUUCAAUGUGCAAAUGUGAUAGUUCUUACGAGCCAAGCCAGUUUGGUCAGAAUAGUAAGAAGGAGUCUGGCUCAACAUCCGAUCAUUCUCACGACUGCGGUUACUCCUCAGAAAAUAAUAACGGCUGUUGUGAAACAGGUUCCUUAAUAUCUAGUAUAUCCAGUUCUCCAGAAGGAUCAGAACUAGCAUGUUCUGAGUCCUGUUGUGAAGUCAAAGAGCCCACAGACUUUGGAAGCCAGUGCAGAUUAACUUGCGGAGGAGGUCUUAGCUUACAAGAAAUGCUUGAGGUGCAUAGCGAGGACGACAACGAGGAGUGUUAUAUAACAGCGGAGGAGGUGAGAGAGUUCAAAAGUCGAAACCGGCAGGUCUACGAGAAAAGACAGGAACUGCGGGAGACGCUGCAGAAGAGGUUCGCCCAGUUCUGCGUGAACGGGCCCCUUACCGUUCCCCGUCUGCUGGUGCAGACCAAAUAUGCUUCAAACUAAAGAGAUGCGGUGGCAUUUUAGUCCCAUAGUACGCCCAAUUAAACGGACCCUUUCAUUUGAUGUCAGUUUCAUUUUCAGUUUGAUAAGGUUAUAUAUAAUUUCUAUUUAUACAUUAUAUUUUUUAUAUAUAUAAUCGCCCCCUCCUCCAUCUUUUGUUUUCUUAUUGUUUUUAAAAUUUGUUCGAUGAAAUGGGAUUUUUUUAAGAAGGUAAAGCCUCAAUUUUCUAUGUAUUUGUUGCAUUCCAUAUUGGGUUUAAAUUGUUAUAGAAAUUGUUUUGUAUUUAAGUAAUAAAUAAAGAAAUUAUUCAAUCA